AUGGACUUCGAAUUGGAUCACUUCGUCUCUGACGUUCUACAGCUCAAGUCUGGACAGCGAUCGCGGGAAUCCACAGCCAUGAUCUACCGCGUAGCCAUAUUGUUGACGGUGUUCAUAUUUGUUGCCAGCAGCUACACAUUCGCAACGCCCAAUAAGUCCUAUUUACAUGCAAAUAAAACACCCCGCAGUUUACAAGAAAGCCUCUCUCGGCAACUGGAAGAGAGAGGCUUCCUGACGAAUGUCGUGACAAACGUGAAGAUGUGGUGGAAAACGAGGAGGUGGGCCAAGAAAGGAACUCCAGAGAACGAGGUUAAGAAGGCGUUGGGGCUCGACAAAAUGACCGAAAGUUCGAUAAAAGCCCAUCCAAACUACAAGUACUACCAGAAGUUUCUCUACAAGGCAGAAGGAAUUAAACUCGACGGAUGGGUCGAGAGCAGCAAGAUUUCUCCUCCGACAGUCUGGAGACAUUUUGGGCUGGAUAAAAUGUCGGCCUCGCAGCGUGAGACGAGUGACAACAUGAGGGUCUACGUGAGGUAUCUGAAAAAGUACGACGAUGCAGUAUAUCGCUACGGAUAUAAGGAAUAUUUCCCCAGUUCGGAAGCGGAAAAACAAGUCUACCUUAAAGUUUGGGCCAUGACCGACAGACCUGAUCAAUAUGUUCUCAAACGGUUAAAUAUUGACCGCGGAGAAAACAAAUACUUCAGUUACAACUACAAAAGAAUGAGGACACGCUGGAAGACUGAGGAAGAGAUCAUGGCCCAUCCAAACUACUACCUUUUUAGGGAGUUUCAGAGAUUGAAAGCGCAAUCCUGGUGAUCUGCUCGCUGCGACGUAUGUGCUCCACUUGAUAAAGAUAAUAUAGCCCCAGCAAACGCAUUUCGG